AAGUUUCGGUUCGGGAAAUCAGUAGCGUUUAAAAGGAAGUCUUUGUAUUCUAUUUAAUCUGAUGCUUGUCGUUCUCCUGCAAACGCGGCUCUGACUAUUUACUGAAAAUGGAACUCUUUUCUCUAAUUCUUUAUCGGAAAUGAGGGAUUAAAAUUUAAAGUAUAUCGUUUAAAAUAUUGACUGGUUUUUUAGAUUGUGAUCUGAGGUAUCAACUUUCGAACCGAAUUAUAAACAUUGUUAUUUAUAAUGCAACAGAAAAAGUUCCGUUGUUGAAUAGCAGCUCUAUUGGAUAUGGCAAAUCAAGAAAUUAACGAGAAAAACUGUUAUUCCGUCACAUGGAUUAUUAAUCAUUUCAGUUAUUGUUGGCAAAAAAAAGAUGAAGCUAUUGCUAGCCCGAUAUUCUCUAUCUAUAUCCCUGAAGAAACCAAGUGGAAAUUGCUGUUAUUUCCCCGUGGAACUGUGUAUGAAAACAAUAUCGCUUUUUUUCUGUAUAGAGAGCAGGAUUGCGAUGGUGCAGAAAAUAUAGAAAUAGAAUAUGACCUUGAAUCUGUGAUUGCUGAUGGCUUCAUUCUUAAAAAUAGGGAAAUCAAACAUAUAUUCUGUAAAGAUAGCCUAUGGGGCUAUCCAAGUUUUCUAAACAGGGAAAUUGUGUUGAAGAAAAGCAGAAUGAAAUAUUUACCACAAGAUAACCUAACGAUACGUUGUACAAUUAAGCGACUUGAUGGAAAACCUGUGGAAAUUCGACAGAUAUAUGCCCGAACCAUGAUUAAUGUGGAAAGGAAGUCUCUUUUGUGGUCCAUACAGGAAUUCAGCAAUUUGACACCCAAUGAAAAGAAACAGCUUAUAAUCAAAUCUGCUUCCAAAGAAGAGUUGAUAAAAAUUGAUCUCUUUCUAUCAGGUGGUCAGUGUUUUGAGGAAAAAAUUAACUUGAAUAUAUACCCUGCUAGUAAGUGCAUUAAAUUUUUUGCCCUACAAACUUGCCUGUUAAAAUCGGAUAAAAUUACAGUUGAUUCUGGCAAAUAUGAAAACUUGUGUGAAUACGGAAAAUCUUCGACAUUUCCGCUUACGAUUUCGAGAAAUAAAAUAAUGGAAAGAGGCGAUCUGUAUUUGUCUAAUGAUGUCUUAUUUUUAAAGUUAGAGUUUGCUAUUUCCACUGGGUUUGCUUUUGAAGGAGUAACAAAAAUUGAUUUUGGCACAUUGUCUGAUGAAGCUACAAAAGAAGUUGUGGAAAAUUGGCAAAAACGCAGUGUCGAAGAAACCAUAACUGAAAAUUCAGUAGAUUUAAUAACUGAUUUGAUGUCUUUGUACAAAGAUCAAAGCUUAUGUGACGCGAAGCUCCAGACAAAAACAGAUGUAUUUCCAGCUCACAUCUCGAUAUUAAGUGCAAGAUCUCCAGUAUUUAGAGCAAUGUUUUCCACUGACAUGAAAGAGAAAAUGAAUGGACUGGUCGAUGUGUCCGAUUUUGACGACAAAACUGUUCGUCAGUUGCUUUUAUUUCUGUAUACCAAUAAGUUGGAAGAACUCAAAUGGGAUGAUGCUUUGCAUUUGUAUCAAAUUGCAGACAAAUAUGAAAUAAUUUCCCUCAAACGUCGAUGUUCUUUGUUUCUAAAAAAUAGUUUGAAUAUCCAGAAUUCAUGUAAAACUUUGAUUUUCUCUGAUUUGCUUCAAGACGAAGACUUGAAGAAUAUUACUCAAGUUUUUAUAUUGAAAAAUGCAAAAGCAAUUUUUAAAUCUGAGGAAUGGAAGCUUUUGGCGGAUGUUAAUUCUAAAUUAGCAUUAGAGACAGCUCUUCGAAAUUGGGACGAAGAAUAGAUCGAACAAAUUGCUGCAAUUCAUGAACAAUUGCCAUGCUGCGAUAAAACAAGUUGGCCAAUUACAAGACUAGGAUUUGAGAAUCACCGUCCUCAGAAGAUGAUAAAUAAUAAAUGAAUUACCACAGGACUUCAAUUUAUUUGAUUAUUUUUCUUUUUAGUGCAAUUUAACUAUUAGCAUUUACAACUUCAUAAUAUAUAUAUGUUAUAAUGAACUGAAAAUGCUAGAUAGAUAUUAAAGUGAAAUUCACUUUUUUAAGUUUCUAGAAGCUUCAAUAUUAGUGUUACAAUUUCUAAACUGUAAU